ACCUUUUCCGUCAUCGGUUUAGUAUUUAUAAUUUCAACUUGCUUGGCUCACAGAAGACAAAAAAAAUAGUUAAUCUGAAUAGCAAGUGUUGAUAUGGUGAUACAAUGGUGAAUGUAACUAAAGGAAUCCUUGUAGAAUGUGAUCCAGCUAUGAAACAGUUUCUUCUUCAUCUUGACGACACAGAAGCAUUUGGUCGCAAAUUCGUCAUCCAAGAUCUUGGUGAAAACUGCCUAUUCAUCUCAUCAGACAUUUUAGAAACAUUACAAGAUAAAAUUGAUGAUAUCAUGGAUAGACUUUCUUUUCCAUUAGCUGAAAAAUAACUCUGCUGAAAAGAAUAUUUCUCAAAUUUGUCAUUUCUUUUUUCUUUAUCUUUUUUUUUAUAUAUAAUAUGCAAUUGGAUAUUUUUUAUCCAUAAGAACAAUAAAAAUGAAAACAAAACUAUCCUGGAGCUGGAUUACAUCCAAAAGAUUAAUGAAAAUCAACAGUCCACUUUUUGAAGAGGGAAAUAUUAUUUGUUGCUUAGCAACAAAACAUGUUACUUACAAAGAGGAUGUGGAUGAUUUACUGGAAAGGAAACCAACAUUUAACUGUGGUGUAGGGACAUGUGACAAAUCCUUCCAGUCCUUAGCUGAAUAUGAAUCCCAUUACAACAGUAUCCAUAGAAACGUUUGCAGUAUCUGUAGAAGGUUUUAUCCAUCCAGUCACCUGUUAGAUAUUCAUCUGUUAGAAUGGCACGAUUCAAUGUUUGAAUUAAUGGCAGAAAAACAACACAUGUUUCAGUGUCUUAUUCCUACAUGCAGUAUGAAGUUAGCUAAUCGAAAACAAAGAAAAAAUCACAUGAUAAAGGUUCAUAAGUAUCCAAGCAACUUCAGGUUUGACAGAGAGAAGACAUCAAAUAAAAGUUCAAACACAAACAAAAAAGGCAAAGCAUCCAUAACCAUGGAAACACCAGUAAAUACCAGCAAAGAUAACAAACAGGAAUCACUAGAUAAAAUUCCAUGUGGAACAUCAACAGAAUCAACCUCUAUGGAAACAGAAAGGGAUAGCAGUAAUGACCUUGGGCUAAAACUGCAAGAUAGGAGUCUUCCAGGAACCUUGUCAGAAUCUGUGUCUAUGGAAACAGAAGUUGACAAAGAGAACAGACCGAAACUCAAGUUCAGCUAUAGAGUACCUCAGAAUUUUUCAUUUGGACAUGGUGUAUCUAAAGGAUUUCAGCGGUCAAGAGGACGAGGUCGUGGAAGUAAAGUGAAACAUUGGCACAACCAAUUACCAGAAAAUAAAAACACAGAAAUGGACAUUGAAAACAUAGAUAUGAAUGAUCUGAAUGAUGCUUUAAACACAACAUAGAAUACCUGUAACCUUUAAGAGGAUUAAUAAAAAUUUAACUGAACCAUGAUUGAUAUGUCUUUGUCUUGAAUGGCAUUACUAUACCCUUGUCCAUACAUUUAUUCUUCUAUUCAUCCACAUAUUGAUUUUUGGAAAACAAAGCACAAAGAAAAUUGAAAAAAAUCUAAUUUGGCAUUAACAUUAGAAAGAUCAUAUCAUAGGGAACAUGUGUACUAAUUUUCAAGUUGAUUGGACGUCAACUUCACCAAAAACUACCUGACCAAAAGCUUUAACAGACAGAUGGACAGACGCACGGAUGAAGUAUUUUAUAAAAUUUAUAUUUGUCCAGACUCUUAAUAAUUUUGAUGUAAUGUCUGCAGAUCUGAUUUUUGAGCACAACUAAAAUAAUUAUUUAAUUUUGAAUAUUACUUUGCACUGAUUGACUGACUUUUUCCAAUAAUGAGUAGGCAUUCAUGGGGUCCCUACAAACGUUAAGUAACAUAAAUUUUAAUUGGUGUCUGGUGGAUAUUAGUCUAAUUGGUCAAUCAUACCACAUGUUCUUAUUUUUUAUAUUAUUUGUUUGCUGUCUGAAACUCGUAUCUAAAUAUCCAUAUUUGUUUUAUUAGCUUUUGUUAUAUAUUGUAGGUAUGUUUGUUGCACAAAGCCACUUUUAUCUAAGGCUAAUUUUCAUGCUGAAUAUAUGUACAUUCAUAUUUAAAUUUGUUACCAAGAAAAACAAAGGAAUAAACCUGUCAUAUAUUUUC